AUGGAUUUCUUGGAUGAGAGUGAUAAAGGUGGUAAAGUGCGAUUUACAGGAGUCGUCCAACGGGAGGUGAUGGAAGUCAAAGAACGGGAAGAUGAUUGUCUUGUUGGUAGUUGGAAUAGUGGAUGCGGAUCAAAGGGACAUUCACCAUUUACAACUGAGUUAGCCAGCAUGAAAUUAACUGAUCACCCACCGUCAGGUUAUGGCCAAUGCAAUCUCUUUAACACUGCAUUUCCAUUCAACCGAUUCUCUCAAUUCAGCAUAUCCAAGAUUUGCCCCACUAUCAUCGCUUCAGAGAUUGCAACAAUCAAAGAGCUGGUCAUCACAUUAGACUGGUGGGCAUUCAGGUCAAGUACUGUGACAUUGUCUUGCACUCGUAGCCUAGUGAAACUGCCAACUGAAACACCCAACUCUUUUAUUAACAAUCAGUCGAACAAUAAAAGAGGUCGUAGGAAAUUUGUUGUAAUAAAAAGAAAAGUUGUGGAAACAUAUUUGAAAUCAUUUGAUGAUAAAAUCACCCAAAAUAACCCAAAACCUAUGAAAUAG